AGGAAGAAGAAGAGGGAGAAGCAGCAGAAGAAGGAUGGUGGGGACGGGGAGCAGGACGAGCUGGAAGAGGCGAGCAAGCUGCUGGUGAAGGUUCUGCACGUCUCUGAAAACGCGGCGCCCUUGGUGGUCAAAGCGAGCCCGGGCGUCAAAGACGUUCGACCCUUCAUCGUGUGCUGCGUGCUGAAGGGAGUGGACCUGCAGCCGGGCAAUGCUCUGAAGAGGUUCCUGUCCGUGCAGACUAAACUGCACGAAGACAUCUGUGAAAAGCGGACAGCAGCCACGAUUGCCACCCACGACUUGCAGCUGAUCAAAGGUCCUCUGACAUAUGAUGUUCAGCCUCCUGACGAGCUGAAGAUAACGCCCCUGGGUCGAAAGGAGAUCAAGGCAAAGGAUCUUCUCCGCCAGCUGCAGUUAGAAGCUGAGGAGCAGAGGAAACAGAAGAAGCGUCAGAAUGUUUCUGGCUUGCACAAGUACCUCCAGUUACUGGAUGGCAAAGAUAACUACCCGUGUCUUGUGGAUGCCGAAGGUGUUGUGAUUUCUUUCCCACCAAUAACCAACAGUGAGAAAACAAAGAUCAGAAAAGACACCCGUGAUCUGUUUCUGGAAGUGACAAGCGAUACCAGUUUACAGAUGUGCAAAGAUGUCAUGGACAUGCUAAUUCUGAAAAUUGCAGAACUGAACAGAUUUACCUUGGAAAACAAGGAAGACUCAGGCUCAGAUAAUGAAUCCGAUGCCCUUUGUGGACCAGUGAAUUUGAACCCCAGCCGAAACGUGCAGCCGAUGAAUCUUCCGUUGGUAGUGGAGCAGGUUCGAGUGGUGGACACAGAUGGAAACUUGAAAGUACUUUAUCCUUCAAAAACUGACCUAACUACAGUUUCCUCUCUUCUGACUGUAAUACGUUAG